AUGAAUGAGGAAAGGAAGAGAAAUGGGAGCGCUUUCCUGUCGGAGAUUUACAAUUCUUCGCUCAAAGCUGGAAUUGACUCCCCCCAUAGGAGCCAUUUGGCCAGAGUCAGAAGCAACUGGGAGAGUGAAGGCUCACAAAGCUCGUCAGCGGGGAGAGAGAGAUCGAGAUCGGGAAGCCAUAAUCGAGAAGGGGAGGGAGAAGGGUGGUCUCCAGUGGAGGCGUAA